GCAAUUUUUUUUGAAAUGAUAUCGAAUGAAGUUGACAAUAUCAGAAACGUGUUACUAUUAUUGCUGAUUGACACUCAAGAUGAGAUACUACUUCUGGAGAUUCAACGGACAUUGGACUACAUGAAAUUUCGCCCAUUUGAGUACAAUAUUUGGAGGAUGAUCCCACUGGACGCUUCCCUACCUUUGAAAUUUGUCAGCUUAUGCGUUACAUACAUAAUCGUGAGCGCUCAGUUCACAAGUUUGAUGUAA